UACAUAUACGUGAAGAGGAGGAUGGUGAAGAAACCGAGGAAAUACUAGCAUGCUAGCUACCCCGACCCUCAGGCCUACGAUGGUGCAAUCGUAGCAUUCAAUAAUGAGCACAUGGCGCGUCUGUUUCAUCAUACCACAAACGCCAAUGUUUUGACAACAGCAGCUAAAUACUCACCCUCUCUCUGUACGACCCCAUGUCCUUACUUUACAGCCGUCUAUUUUCGUCGCUGCGUCAUGGCGAUCACGCUGCUAGAAAUGGGCUCAAUUAAACCCUCAAACUUCAACACCGACGUAUAUCCGCAAGCUCGCAAAGAUGCAACAAACGAUGGCCGAGCAGCAGUACAAUACCGACAACUCAUCUCCCGAGCUGUAACACAGCGUCUGCACUCGCCGUCUCUCGACGACCUCACGAAGACAAACUUGGGCGAUGUACCCGUACAUUCCCUAGAAGAAUGGGAGCUUCAAGAACGCUGCAUCGCGCGGAACAAAGCCCGAACUGAGGCCGAAGAGCUGGGUAUCCCAUGGACGCAAUUUAUCCGCGAUGUCGAAAACGCCGUUCUGCAAGUCCAUGUCCUCACGCCCACUCGUUACGAAGUACCGCCGAGGGAUAUAAAUAAGAACCAAGAGGCGACCAAACAGAACGAGGGACUGCAGUACAAGUUUGGCGACUCCAAAGAUGCAGAGCGUGAUAGAGAGUGGAGGGUCAAAGAUGCUGCUGUCUACAACAUGUUAAGAGCUUUUCGGGGUGCGCGUUUGGGCCGAUGAGUACGUCCGCCUGGCUUCGCUUCAUCAAUGUGUUGUUGUACAGAGUGGGAACGCGACACUGUCUUUCGCCUACCGUGAUGGCACUAUAAUGUCGUUAGCAAAGAUUCGCGUUGCUGGUUUUCGUCAAGAUGCGCGGUGUGUCCGUUCGCCAAGUGGAGGUGCAUGGUGGUCGGCCAUCAUGGUUCGCGGGUAGUCGGUAUGUUAUAUUAAACUUAUAUGGUCAACACGAUCCGAACACUGCUGUUUGAUCUUUCAA